UGGGACAGCUAUUCCUAGUCAGGGUGCUUAUGUACAAGGAGUGCCACUACCUACCUAUCAGUUACCAGCAGGUGGAAGUUGGGUUACACCACAACAUUAUCUACAGAUGCAAGCUCAUGUCCCUCAUAGCCAGAUAGCAGUCAGUCCUGCUUCAAUGGAGCACAGUGCAGCAGUUCAUCAAAAUGCUUUAGCAAACCAGAUGAACCAAAUGCACAUUUCGGCAGGCUCACAGUACGUCACUAGUCCAGUACAGAGCUCAUUCCCUCAAAAUUCCUGGCAAGUYGUACAGCAUUCAGCUGCAGCUGGGGGGCAGGGGCAGCAUCACCAUCCACAGCAUUACGUAGGAAUGGAGGACCCUAGCUCCAUGUUAAGCAGUGACGUUAGUGAUCAUGGCCCUCCCUUAUCGCCUCAGGCAGGGGUACACCAUCAACAAAUGACAUCAGCUGAGCAAGGACUUGAUGACCAACACAUAGCAGCUUAUUCCGCUGCAUAUCAGCAAAGAUGGCAGCUAGACCCAGCUCCAAGAUAAAGACGAUAAAUGAUUUUCCAAUUCUAGAUAAAUGGUUAGUUGUACAAUUGUUCACCGUUGUUUGAAAUGGGUGUUCGUUGGUAUGUGUGUUUGUAUAAGUUUACAUAAUCAUAAUUCCUUAACUAAAUUCCCAGAUGAUCUAAAUUAAUAAGUUAAAUAAUUACUAGUUUAAAUUGACAUUGUUUUUGUACAAUUUUAUCUGAAAUACCCUACUAAUUUGACAUUGAAAUAGUCGAGCGAGCAUACGACAAGUAAGGGAUCGAAUCUUAUGAAUUUACGUUGCAAUGUAAAAGAAUAAAAACAGUUUCGAAAACAGGUUAYAUGAACUCCUUUCCUAAAAUCGUAAUUGCUUAAUUUCACUGCUUUGCUAUUUUACUAAUUUUAAAGAGAUGCUGUUCGUCUCCACGAAGUUUGUUUUUGGCUCAGUUCAUGAAUUUAAAAGAGAUUUGGACAAGAUACCUGUCACAAGAUUCAUUCUCUUACUUGCGAACUUCUUUAGAUAAUUCAUUAAUCAGCAUUAAUAUUCAUAAAUGAUGUCUCGAGUAUCUCAUGUUCCAAAAACGCAAGGUUAUUUUUUGCUAUAAGAGAGAGAUUGAAUUACCAUGAAGAAUUGCAACCUUACUUAAAACUACAGGUAACUUGUGUUCAGCCUCAUUCCCGACACUGUUUUUAGUCUAUAGAAGAAUCUUGACGACUCGCUGGAUAACAGCUAUCUCUGCUUGUGUUUAUUAGUGUGAUGUAAGUGUGCAAUAUAAAGGAAUAUUGGACGCUGACACAGCGAAUUAAUUGGUAUUGCCAUUGCCUAAUCACAAAAGAGUGUAUAAAGUUUUGAGUGUUUUUAUAGCUGUUCAUGAGUUACCUGUAAGUUAUUAAUAAUGUUAAAAAUUCACCGUAUAAACCAUUAGUCCUGACUAACUGUAUCUUUUGCAUAGUGCUGCUCAUCUUUCUACAUGCGUUAUACACAGCUAUUAUAUUUUUCGAAAUUUUUGAAUUACCAAAGACGUAUUUUGAGACCAAACGAAAAACAUAUAUAUAUAUGCAUCAUCCAAUGCAAGCAGGCCAACUAUUUAUCGCAAGUCUACAAGGCUGCUAGAAGCUAAAAACAUACUCUUAAAUAUGAUAUACGUUAUUUAUCUGAAUGGUAAGACGAAUAGUUGGAUUGCCUGUGUUUUGAACAGACCAAAUAUGGUCUAAAAAUCUCAUAUGAUUACGUCACGAUCUAUUUAUAAACCUGUCAUGAAAAUUAUUAAUUUUUUUCUACGAAGGUCUGGGACCUUAUCUUUCCUCUGGAGUUGUCGCAGGCGAUAUUCUAGAGGCUAUUAUUCUGUAUAUAUUCUAUACUCCCCACUAGAAGGCAAAAAUGCCUUUAUUUSAAAUAUUAUGGCUUUUAAAAACGCAUAUCAACUCAUUUAUUCAUGUUGCUGUUUGACGUCAGGAGCCUCUUAGUUAAGGCUGAUAAUGCACUCGCAGGUUUUGACGAUUAUUUGGGCGUAUAGGUGUUCAAUAUGAGUAGUGAGCAACGAGUAGUUUACGACUUAGCAUGGUAGAAUCAUUUUUGCUCCUAUUUACCUCAAACUUUGCCAUAUGAAAUCAGCUUGUAGAAUUUUUACUGAACAAGGAUAUCAGUCAGUUUUUGGUUUCGAGACGUCUCAAAUUUUUUUCCCAAAUUCCCGUUUAGUAAUAAGUUUUCUUAUCAUUUACUCUUUGUAGCAAAAUCUCGAGAAAUAUAGCGUCUUUUUCCAAUUGUUUAUUUGAUGAAGAGAAAGGUAUAUUUUGGUCUAAAAUGGCCGGGGAAAAUAAAUUUUUUGACCAAAAUGAAUCUCUUUUAUUAUCCCACCCCUGCAGCUUAGAUAAAUUGGUCUAAUAUCUGACGUGCAGCUAAAUACGUCGCUCACUUCGCCUGUUGGGCGUGGCAUGCACGUGCAUGUCACGUGUAUUAGUUCGAAUUUAUUUAUAGAUUUUUACUUGAUUUUUUCUGUCGAUGACGGAUGUUCUUUAUAUAACAGUCUGAUAUUCUUGAGCAGAUCACUUAUGUACACAAUAAUAUACAUGGACUGAUAUACAUAGAUACGCUGCCAUGCAGCUCUGAGUAUCGAGACCGAGUCUCGUUUUGUUUUUUGUUUAACCUGUUUUUAUGACGAAAAACUUUGAAAAUUGAGAUGGAUGAUUAUGUAUUUUUUAGAUAAUUUUUAACUUAAAAAUCGAAUACUUUAAGGCGAUUAUGUAAAGAAGUUAGAGUGAUUCACAUUGCCUUAGUGAAGUAAUUAAAUUUCUAGUAAAGUUGGCUUAUGAUCCAUUAUCGGUAGUCCAGCUGAAGUAGAAACAGUAGGAUUACAGUUUUCUUAAAUAUUUUUCCACUAGAGCGAAGUAGAAUCACUCUAAACAGAGUUUAUCUAAUGUUCUUAAAUACCAUAGAUAGACCUGAUCCGUUUUAUCGUAUAAUAAAUGCCUUCUUUCACGAAACAAUUCACUUUUGGGGUCUGCUAUAACGGAAAGGAUCAGCUUUUGCUUUGUGAUCACUGACGCAAACACUGAGAUGUGUACCGUUUAGUUGGGGAAUGUCCAUUGAACGUACAGCUGUUUCGAUUCUGUUCACAAGUAAACGACCCUAAAUGACCGCCAACCAGCUACCACUUAUCAUUGCAGACACCGAUACAAUGACCUUAAAAGUGAAUGGUUCCGUGUGAAGGAGCUCUAGUCGUUCUAAAAAUCGGCCUAAGUUUCGUAYGUGUAAAUUGGCCACGUCGAAGGGUCAGCGAAUGAGUGUGACACGCAGGGGGAGGGUGGGGUGGGCAUCUUGCGUUUUGUUGAUAAAUUGUAGUUGCACUGGAUUUAUAAGAAUGACACCCAGCCAUCUUUUUCAUGCGAGUAGUAUUAUUUCUAUCUCUUAAAUCGACGUUCUAAUAAAACACAGAAAAGAUGUACGAGAUUUUCAGGUKUGUUGACAUUUUUGCAUUCUCGAAGGAAUUGCGAAUUCGAUGUAUCAAAAUCGUCACGAUUUAGUGGCGACGGUACCAAAGUCGCCGGUUGGUUUCAACAAAACUCGUUUUUGAAGCUCACAUCGCUCACACYGAGUCUGACCCUCGUGUGAAAGGAUAUCCUGGGUGACUGUUCUUAGUUUGCUUCUAGAAUAAACCGCUGACGCCAAAAUAAGAUCUUUACGACGAGGAAAAACUAACUUAGCUUAGUUGAAUUAGUUUUUCGUCGCUGUAUAGUAGAUGGGAAACAUGGUCAAGAUACUUYAGUUGUCGUGAAUUUCUUGGUAUUGUAAGAGUAAAGCAAGUAAUGUUAUAUUUGUAGUUGUAGGAUGCUUGUCAAUAAAAUGGACUUCCAUCAG